GUAAAUGUUUCAGACACAAUAUCGUAAAUAAUCACUUCAUCCUAUGCAAAUAUAUAAUAUAUCUCUAACACUAAGUAUUGUAUAUCUCUUAUAAAACUUCCGAUUAAGCAUAUGCAAAUUAAGUUCCAUCAUAAUUAAGCGAACACCAGCCUUACUUUUCUUUUUGUAUGAAAUAUACAUUUAUUAUUUUCGUUUGAGAAAAAGACAUGACGAAAAUCGUUUAUAUGGACCAUUAGCGUAAAGAAUCUUUGAAUAGUUUGUACGUCGAUAAAAAGGUUGGUGCGUUUUUUAAAUAAUUGCAUAUACUUAAAAUACAUUCCAGUGAUCUUUUUUUAAAACGGACGUCGCGGGAAGUCGUCAUUACUGAUAUUUUAGAAGACAUACUACGGAAUUUCAUUGAUGACAAUUUUAAAGUGUGCGUAAAUGCAUCAAUAUACAAACGUAAAGGAAGUCAAUAGUUUUUAUUGAUAAGCGUGAUAUAUGGCUUUCUAUGAUCAUGCGAUGCUUUAUUCACAUUAAUUAUGUUUUAAGACGAACCCUUCUUAUUCACGAAACUUUUAUCAUUUAAUGCUCUGAACAACAGAUUAAAAACAAGACUUAACGGUUUGUGUGUAAUAUAUGCUUGGAUAUGAGACAACAUUUUCAUUAUUAUUUUAUCCUUUAAAUAUUGAAGGUGCCUUUUUAAAGGAAUGCAAUAUAUUGAAAGCUUAAUUCAAUAUUGGUGCUCUCGAAAACUUCAAAAGAUGGAAAUUUACGAAGUACUAUAAAUUUACUUGCCGACUCGCGGUUUUCUUUGAACAAUCAAGAGAUAUUUUGAUAAUGUAAAUACAAAAACACAUGGCUAUACGAAGUAAAUGAAGGAGAAAUGCGGAUUUUCAAAAAAAAUUGUCAUCAUUUUGUCACGGUUGUGAUUUUGACAUUGUGUAUUUCUUACGGAAUGGGACACCCGGAUAUGACUGUUAUAGGAAAGAUAAUGUACAUUGGAAAUGGAACGAAACUGCUCACGAAGGAAGAUGCACUAUCGUCUGUUGUCGCCUUAGGGGCUAAUAUUAUUUGCAAUAAAAUCCCAGGUCUUGCCCCACGCCAGAGGGCUAUAUGUCGAAGUAGACCUGUUGCCAUGGCAGUCAUUGGAGAAGGUGCAAAAAUUGGGAUCACUGAGUGUCAAUAUCAGUUUCGGAAUAUGCGCUGGAACUGCUCGAGUGCUUCAAAAUACCAGUCAUUAUUCGGCUAUCAACAUGAAAUAGCAAGCAAAGAAGCUGCAUUUUGGUCAGCCAUAAGUUCUUCCGGUGUAGUGUACGCCAUUACGCAUGCGUGUAGUGUAGGAAGUCUAGACAAGUGCGGAUGUGAUAAAUCUCAAAUAGCUCGAAAAGGUGCAAAAGGCUGGACUUGGGGUGGUUGUAGUGCGGACAUAAAACAUGGACUUAAACUUGCCAGAAAAUUUCUUGAUGCACGAGAAAUAGAAGAAACUGCUAGAUCUUUAAUGAACAAACACAACAACAAAGCCGGACGAAAGGCUGUCAAAGAUAAUAUGGGUACAGAGUGCCGGUGUCACGGAACUUCCGGUUCAUGUACAUUGAAAACAUGCUGGCGGAAAUUACCUCCCUUUAGAAAAAUAGGAGAUUAUUUAUUUGAACAAUUUAAAAGUGCCAAACUGGUUGUUCCUUGGAGAGGAGGUCGACUUCGACGACCGAAAAGGUUACUACUACAAAAAUCCAAAAAACCUAACAGAAAACCCCGAAGACGGGACUUAGUUUACCUCGAAAAGUCACCAAAUUAUUGUGAAUAUAACGAAAAGACAGGUUCAUUAGGAACAGUUGGGAGAAAUUGCAAUAAAGGAUCGGACGGUAAUGACGGGUGUGACUUGAUGUGUUGCGGAAGAGGCUAUAACACACAUCAGUAUACAAAAACAUGGCAGUGUAAUUGUACUUUUCAUUGGUGUUGUAAUGUGAAUUGCAAAAAUUGUACAGAGAAACGGUUAGAAUACACUUGUAAAUAGAACAUAUUUAGCUUCUACAUCGUCUCAAAUAAUUGUCAGAAGAUAUGAAAUGUGCUGAAGAUAUCGACGCGGGACGUUUCUGUACAGAAACGUUAAAGAGCGUACAAAUCUAGCUUUAAAGCUGUUGUGAAAAUGCCAAUAAUAAGAUAUGUGAAGAACGGAAAAUAUCAUACAAGGGGAAAGGUUGUUUUUUGUGGCAUUGAUAUGUUUUGUGUUGUUUUUAUUUUUUUUUUACAAAAAAAACUUUAUGAGCAACACACUCGGAUAAUUUAACCAGUGUCUUUCAAAUGACUUUGCGUGAGAGUAGCUGACUAUGGAAGGGUUUCUAUAGCAACAGACAGGUAGAGGAUCCCCAGCAGGAGUCUGUUGGUGAUUCGAGUCAUGUAAACUAUAUAUGGUCAAACUUGUAAUGACGACUUUGUUUCGAAAACAACGACAUGUUUCAGAAAUUUGCGUAUCAUUAUAGCGUCUGAAAAAGUCCCGAAAAGACCUGCAAUUUUAUCAUGAUUAAAUCAGUUUUACAUACUGCUGUGACGAAAUUGUUUCGAAAAACAACGAUUUUUUAAACAUUCUGUACAUUUCAGUUCAUAUUACUUUAAUAUUACAUGUAUGCCAAGUUUGUUCUUUGCAAUUUUAUUAUAAUAUCAGUACGCUGAACAUCUGAGAGAAAGUUCACAAAGUCUAGAUAAUCAUGAAGGGCAUGAUUUUUUUUCUAGGUGUACAACAUGUGGAUACAUUAUGGGUUUUUUCUCUCGCUCUGAUGGGCUUUUCAUUAUCAAAUUAUCAAGGGCUCAUCGUAAAUCCCAACUAACUGUUUUUAAUUUAUUUCAGAUAGGUUUCGCAUUGAACCCUCGGUAUCUAGACAUUUUAUUAAAGUUUCCUCAUUAAAAUAAAUUUAGAAUAAUUUGGCAGAUAUAAAUAGAUGGGUAAGAAUUCAGAUACCUGUUUGUAAUAUGAUUUGGUAUUGCUGUGGAAUUGCUCAGAGAAGUAACGUAUUUGGUCCAGAUUUGUUGUUAAUGCCUAUCAGUGUUGAUUCUCUUUAGCCGAUAGAUUCUAAAACAGACAUAAUGAUUUCUUCUAACACUGUAAGUAGCAUUUUGCAGUUUACUGUUAUUUUCUUUAAAUUUUCAGACAUGAACAUUUCAUUUUAGAUAAAAAUAGAUUUAGAUGAACAUCUCUUGUUAAGAGAAACUAAUGUUUUACUUUAGACAAUGUCUUUGUAGGGGUCCAGAAAGGCCCAUGCCUGAGAAAUGAUUUAACAUAAAUAGUAUCAUUCAGUGUUAGACUUCAGAGAUACUGUCAAAGCACAGAACCACGUGGUCUAGUUCAUGCCUGCUCUGUGUUCACAAUGACAAUGAUUAACAUAAUUAAAUUAUAAUGAAACUUAUACAUAUUCAUGCACACUCAUACGUGUGCAUUUAACUGAAAUUUGAGGCGUAUCUGUAGUUUUGCAAUAGCAUGACUUGACUGAUAAUUCUUCAGAACAAUAAUUUCUUAUCAUUUCUGUGUUCAAAUCUAUUUUGUCACAACUAUGUUUUUUUUAUUGUAAGUCAUCAAGAUUAAAAGUCUUCCUAGGGGAUUUUUUGACAUGGCACCUUUCGAUUUUCAGUGCUGAAAUGAUUUGUUAAAAUUGAGUCCGUUGUCUUCUGUCAUUUAUAUUGUCGACAUUUGUUAUUGGUCAGUUUCUACAUAUACUUUUUGUUCAGCUCUUCGUUAAACAAGGUUUAAUUUUGUAACCACUGGUUCAAACAAAUAAAAAUAAGCUGUAUAUUUUAUAUUUCCUUUUUUCGCAAUAUCGCCAUUGUGUACAUGGGACUCACAUCUAGAUAUACUUCAAAAUAUUCUUACAUUUCAAAACAUAUUAAAAAGAUCUGCAAGCUGUGGUAAAAUCCUCGCAUUUUCUUCACGAACUUAUCCGGUGAAAGCCGUGCUACAGAAUUUGUCUCUACGUUUAACAUGUGUCUCUCAAACAAAACUGAAGUUACUUAGUAUAUGGUUAACAUAUAUUUUAACUGGAACCUUUUCGCAAGUAUUGCUGUAAAAGUGCAAAUAUCAUAUGAUGAGAUACAUCACAUACUGGUACCUUCUUCCACAAAUAUUAAGUAUAGAUUGUGGCUUUUAACACACACUUAAUAGUUAAGAUCAUUACACUGAUAUACUACCACAAUAUUGCACUUGAAAUUUUAUUGCAAUGUUACAAUUAAGGUUUUAAAAUAUGUAUUAUAUUCUUUUAUUGUCACACAUUUUUCGAGUCACCAGGACGAGAACUGCACUAUCUAUCUCGUUGAUAUAUUGGAGAAGAUAUAUAAUUGUGUUAUUUAUAAUUUCUGUCGUUUAUAUGACUGAAGAAUUGUUGAAAAAGACGUUUACCCGAACACACACACACACACACACACACACACACACACACACGCAUUUAUAAUUUACAUUUUGGAACAGUCGCGUGAACAGAGCUAUACGAAAGGAUUGGAGAUCAUAUAAUGUUUUUUUUGGGAUAAGUUGUGAUGUCGACUUGCAUAUGUCGCUUUAGAUCUAGUUCUACAUGGAACGCGCGUUAUUUUGUGUCCUUAAUUUAUUUACCUGCAUUAAGUUUAACAUUCUGAAGGGUUUCUUAUAUCAUGAACAUGAUAAUUAUAUCAUAUUGACAUAUUGUAAGCUUUUAAUAUUGAAGUGUAUAUGUCAACAAACUAUUUUAUAUUGUGUUGAUACACCGGAACUGUCUCUGAUCUCAAAGAAGGAAUGAUAAGGACAUUGUCUCCCUAAAUGACGUCACUUAUGACGUUAUUUUUUAGCGUUUACAAUUUUUCUAUUUGCAUUUUUUCAUUAAAAACAUGACUAAAUAUGAAACCGUUGUGUAUAUAACCUGAUAAAUAAAUCGAAUACGUAAGUGCAUCUAUCCUAAGCAUACAUUAUUUACUAUUUUGGCAAAGAUAGAGUAGAUUCUAAAUCUGCUCACUAUUUCAUCCACUUGAAAAAAUAGUAGAUCUAGAUCUGUUCGACUUAUGUCUUCAAAUAUGCUCCUAUCCUUACUCUGUUGUGAAAUCCUGAAUGUUUGUUGUGACUGACAGAACUCCAUUUCAGUAUAGAUUCAGUGUCGCUGGCUACAUCCUAAAUUUAUGCUUCGAUUCAUUUACAGCAAGAACACGAGCAAAAAUAUAUUGUACUUCUUUGUAAUGUAAUAAAGCGUAUAAGUACAUCUGUAAAUUAAUUUUAAAUAGAAAAAAACAUGACCAGUGAAGACCUAGAACAAUAACUAGUUUACGUGUUUUUGUAUCUUAAAGCCAUGCCUAAUUGUGCUUCUAGAAAUAACACGCAUUGUUCGUUUUCUUUGCUAUCUGUACAUGCCUUGGACAGUUCCUUAUUAGGGAGGUCGGGUACAGGAAUUCGUGUACCGUUAUUGUAGCAAUGUCCUUAUCAGUCUUUAUACGUGUUACAUUUUAAUGUUAUAUUUUACCUUGCCAAGGGACGUUAAUGUCCCUGUUCAUGUGAUACGUAAAAACCAUUGUAAAUACUGUACAUUGUAAUUCUAAAGAAAUAAAUUAAAUAUUGCCUUAUACUUA